AUGUCCACCCCUUUCUCCCGGCUCCUCGACAGCCGCGCUUGUGGGGGUGGGGUCGGAGGAGAACGGGCUUCAACAGGAAUGAUCCUCGGCGGUUCGCUACGUCGUACCGAGGAGCACCCGUUCUGCGAGUCAACAUAUCCAUUCUGUCAGAUUCCCAUUCACUCUGAGAAUUUGAGGAAGGCUCUGGCUGCGAUUGUGAAGGAUUGGGACUAG